AUGGCGUACUUAUCAAAAUUAGCACAUGCUUUAAAUAUGCGAGUACUUACAACUAAUUGCUAUGAGACCAUUCAUACUUGGGAGCCUGAUUGCUAUAAGGCUAUUUGGGUUGCAACGCCUAACGGGUUUUGGGUCUCGUUGCGAACAUAUCUUACAUUUUAUACGCUAACAACCUUAAUUGGCAGAAAAGGGAACUUAAGGAAAAUAGAAUGGAAAAAGUUUUUUAUCGACGUCAUGAGAUCCUCGACGUUUCUAACAAUUAAUUUGUUGUUAUUUCAAUUUUUUCUAUGUCAAGUAAGGCAUUUAUUAGGGUUUUUCACAAUUCCGACGAUGGGUUGGUUGACGAGCAUUUUCGCAACUUUUUGUGCUAUCCUUAUUGAAAAACAAUCCAGAAGACCAGCACUAGCAUUGUACACAGCGAACUUGGCAUCUGAGACCCUUUAUCGUCAGUUGUGCAAUCAUGGAUAUUUAUUCAGAAUGAAAUACGGUGAAUGUAUCCCAUUUGCUAUUGGUGUUGGAAUUUUUAUGUUUCUUCGUGCUCGAGGAAAACUCCAACCAACACUACAAAAAGUACUCAACUUCUCGCAUUGCCUGACUCCCAGUGAGGAUAUUAUGGAUUUGAAAAAACUUCCAGAUGAUUUUCAUGCUUUGUUGGCUAAAUUGCGUCAUGAUUUCAAUAAAGCUGAAAAAUGUGAACAUAAAUAUUCCUGUGUCAGUGUUGCUGUUGAGAGUUUCGUGAAGAAUUUUGCUAUUGGUACGGGUAUAAGUGGUGCACUUGUAUUGCUUGGAAAUCUUAGAAAGUUACUUACAAACCCUUCCAUGAUUCCCAGGAUACUUUUUUCGUUGCGGAACUUGAAGUUGCCAUUGUUUUUUGGAUUGAUGCCAUUUUUAUUUCAUGUUACCAGAUGUUUACUCAACAGAAGAGCGGAUUGUCCUAAGGAGAUUAGUGAUACUGUGGCUGGAAUCGUUUCUGGUGCUUCAAUGACGGUUUAUCCAAGUGUAACGAUAGGGAUGUACACAAUGUGGAAAGGGAUUGAGGCUGUCUACUUGUGCCUUAUGGAAAGUAAGAUUUUACCGGCUAUUCCAUUCGGUGACAUCAUCCUCUAUACAUUUUCUACUGCCUAUAUGCUUUGGGCAACAAUAGUUGAGCCUCAAGCAAUUCGUAAAGGAUAUUUGGGCUUCCUAACACAACUUACCGGUAACAGGAUAAUAGCGUUCAAUCGUGAUUUAUACGAACAUUUCGGAUUUCAAUCGAAAUUAAUGUUUCCGCAUGCUCAACCAGUUCUUAACACAAAAUAUGUGACAUUAAAUCCGAUGCUUUAUCAAAAAAUAAUGCCUCCUCAUUAA